AUGGUGAAGUGCGACUGGAAUUGUCAUCGUUCUCCACCUGAACUGAAGCUUAUUGGAUUUACAUCAAACAUCAUGUGUUCUCCUAUUACAGCUACUCGAGCAACACUGCAAAAGCGCAUAUUUGGGGGCACAAAGUUGUCCACCUUUCAGUACACUUGGCUAGUCAGGAUAACCAAAUCGGAACCGGACCCGAGAACUUGUACGGGUGUACUGAUCCACAGCACAUUGGUAUUAACCACGGCCAGUUGUUUGGGGACAAAUGUCGACGAACUAAUUCGUCUGAACUCUUCACUCGAGCACAGAGUGUUCAAAGUCGAAACAGGAAUACCACAAGAUGAUUAUUUAAUGGAGAACACGUCACACAGUGGAAAUCUCGCUAUUCUAAAGUUGGAGAACCCUGUGAAAUUGAAGGACAUACCGUUGGAUUACGGAAAAGUUCGCUGUAACACACUCUCCUCAGUACUAGGUCCCGUGGAGGAUGACAUAGGUCUGUAUAUCGGCUGGCCCAAGGACGUGUCCAAAUAUGGACUGGUAAAACCAGAAUGGACCCAUUUAAUUGUCCUCUCCAAUGCUUCGUGCACCCAGGCAAUUGGUCCCGAAUACGACCACCAGUCCCAAUUCUGUGGGAGUAAACUGUCUUCCUCUAAGACAACUCUGGACACGGUGAGUAUGCUAUUGUGUUGUGUAUCCUUCUAA